AUGGCGCGAAGAUACGACUCUCGGACGACGACAUUUAGUCCGGAGGGUAGACUUUUUCAGGUUGAGUAUGCACUUGAAUCUGUCAAUCAUGCCGGAACGUGCGUGGGGCUGCGCACUAACACAGGGGUGUUGCUCGCCUCUGAAAAGAAGACCAUGUCGAAGCUCCUCGAGCAAUCCAGCACACCAGAGAAGCUCUGGAAGAUUGAUAAACACAUAGUCAUAGCAGUCGCAGGCCUCAACGCGGACGCCAUGAUACUGGUGAACUUUGCUAGACUCGUCGCCGGUCAAUACAAAGCGAGAUACGGUUUACCGAUCCCUGUAGAGAACCUCGUACAGGAGCUUGGCGAUCACAUGCAAGGAUACACUCAGUUUGGUGGUCUCCGUCCUUAUGGGGUUGCGUUUUUGUUUGCAGGAUGGCAAGGGGGGUUCCAGCUUUAUCAAAGUGAACCUUCAGGAAAUUUUAGUGCCUGGAAGGCAGCAGCUAUCGGAGCGAGUCAUCAGGCAGCAAGAUCCAUACUAAAGACAGAAUAUAGCGAAGGGUUAGACAUCUCAGAGGCCAAAGGAAUUGUGUCCAAAGUUCUACAAAAAACUAUGGACUGUAUGAGCCUCACAGAAGAUAAGGUAGAGAUGGUCUACUUGUCCUACAAUGAGCUGAACGGUGAGGUUGAACUUGAGCGCAUACUAUUAUGA